GUGAAAUGGGAAUUGUACAACUGCAGCAGUAAUAAAACUCAGUCCUGUGCAGAACUGAUCAUGCAAAGUAGGGAAACGUCUCUUCUCCACACGCACCUCCCUGUACACAGGCUGUGGAAACUGUGGAGCGCAUAACGUGUAACUUGCCGUGUGUUACGACCAUUUUGAGAAAUGGCAGGUAAGAGUUCACGGUCUAAAUUAACUUUAAAAGUAACUUUUGUGCAUUUGCCGGAAAUAUGGAGGCGAUCGCAAGCGUAAUGUACCCGAUCUGUUUUUACUAUGAGCUGAACAAGAUUAGGGUUAAGUUUGUGGAUAGCGCAAACAAAGAACUGAUCAAGGAGCUCCUGGAUGGCCUUUUAGAGGUUGGUGUCUUGAAUGAUGGCCAGAAGGACUCAAUUCUUGAGGAGAAUCCUAGCACGAAAGACAAGGCACGUGCUCUCAUUGACACAGUUAGGAGAAAAGGAGAUGAUGCCAGCAGGAAGAUGAUCGCUCUCCUUCAAAGCAGAGAUCAAACACUUUAUGAUUCAUUCGGUCUUUCCUCUGGGAAACCUGCUCAGCCAGGUAAUGCAACGCUUUGAGGACUUUUCCGUGAACAACAAAAGACAGAUGCCGACCAAAGACAGGGUCACUCUGACAAGGCGCUUCUACUUAUUUUUUACUUUUUAUGGUGUGUAUUAAUUGUUUCCAUUUUUUAAAAUACAAAUAAACUUUACUAUCUCUAAA